UGAAUCCAGUUUAGUUGUCAAUGAAUGAGCAGUGGGAAUAGUCAGCUCCUCUGCCAGCUAUGUCCCACCUGCACAGUGCAUUAUCAGCUCUCCCAGCUGAGUGUCCCUCUGCAUUUGCCUUCCAGAGAGCAAGAGCCCUUCACUGAAAUCCUGCCACCAUGCUGGGGCUGCUGCUGCUGCAGGUGUUGGCCAGCUGCCUCUGGCUGGGACACAGUGAGGUGGUGACCUCCUUUACAACUUGUCCUCAGUUCUUCUAUGCACGGAUUCCCCCAAAUAAUGCCCUGAAUCCACAGAACCCAGCCUGGAUCUGUCAGCACUUCAGGAACUCGUAUCACUAUGCCACCCUGUACGACAGAGACAGGAGAAUUCCAGUGUACUCUGCUUACAUCUACCAGCCUGGAUCUGGAAGCAGAUCUCCAAACUGGUAUGCUGAGCCUCAGCUGAUCAACUCAGCUUAUUCCAUGGAUAUGGAUACAGAGAAGUCCAUCCGUAAUCAAUACAAGAUCACUCCACAGCAAAUUGGCCAGAGUCAGGCUAUCAACCAAGACUACAAAAACCUCCAGGGUUUGGACCGUGGUCACUUGAGCCCCAGUGGCCACCAAAGUGGCAACAACAACAAGACAGCUACCUUCACCCUCACCAACAUAGUGCCUCAGAACAGCACACUCAACAAAGGCCAGUGGAAAGACUACGAGAACCAAACGAUGGCUCGGAAUACCCAGGGCUGUACAAGGACCUACGUGAUCACGGGUGCUGUGCCUGGGAACACCUACAUCUCCAAUAACAGGGUUAAUGUGCCCAGCCACAUCUGGUCAGCUGCCUGCUGCCAGACCAACACCACCAUGAAGACUUGGGCAGCCAUUGCUGGAAACAACAUGAACCGGGUGCAGAACCUCACACGAGCACAACUGGAGGCCAACUUGACCCAGCUCUACGGGAGGGGACAGGUUUCUCUGUUCCACAGUGCCUGUCCCCCCUAACAAACCUCAUAUCCUGGGUGGAAAAGGCUCAUGAGCUUUUCCCACAUGCCAUUAGAAUCACAGAAUGCUUUGUGUGUUAUGGGAUUUCAAAGAUCAUCUUCUUCCAUCCCUUUCCCUGUGCAGUGACACCUUCCACUACACCAGGUUGCUCCAAGCCCCAUCCAACACUUCCAGGGAUGGGACAGCCACAGCUUCUCUGCUCACUCUGUGACAGGGCCUCCCCACCCCCUCAGUACAGAAUUUCUCCCGAACAUCUCUUGUAACCCUGCCCUUUGUCAGUGUGAAACCAUUCUCUCUUG